CUGCGCAUGCGCCACAGCCAGACCUCAGUGUGUGUCUACCGGUGAAUGAGAGAAGACGGAGGAAAAUAAACUGCCGAUUGAUUCAGCAGAAACCGUGAGCAGGUCUCCAUGGCCCAGUUCGGGGGGCAGAAGAACCCUCCAUGGGCGGCCCAGUUUGCGGCAACAGCGGUAUCACAGCCUGGCCACACGGGACAGUCCCUGGACCUAAACAGCUUACAUUCAUUAGGAGUGCAGCAGCAGUCUCUUCUGGGAGCGUCUCCUAUGUACACUCAGCAGUCGGCUUUAGCUGCAGCCUCCCUCAACUCACAGUCAGCUGCCAACUAUCAGCUCUCUCAGCAGACCGCAGCGCUCCAGCAGCAGGCCGCCGCUGCCGCUGCCGCAGCAGCAUUACAGCAGUCGCAGAUCAAUUCAGCCCUGCAGCAGUAUCAACAGCAGCAGCAGCAACAACAGCAGCCACCUCAAGCCCCCCCGCCACAACCUCCACCCCAACAAACACUCUACAAUGUCCCACAUCAGCUUCCACAACCCCAGCAAGCGCUGCUAUCACAGCCCCCUGUCGCUUUGCCCACCAGUCUGAGCCUGUCCAACCCUCAGCAGACGGCACAGAUAACGGUGUCCUACCCGACCCCUCGCUCCAGCCACCAGCAGCAGACGCAACCCCAAAAACAGCGUGUUUUCACUGGGGUCGUCAGCAAGCUGCAUGACACUUUCGGCUUUGUUGAUGAGGAUGUCUUCUUCCAGCUCAGUGCGGUCAAGGGGAAAACACCUCAAGUCGGUGACCGUGUCCUGGUGGAGGCCGUCUACAAUCCCAACAUGCCUUUCAAAUGGAACGCUCAGCGCAUUCAAACCUUACCUCAGCUCCCCAACCAAACGAGCCAGCCACAAGUCCCGAAUAUGAUGAAACCAGGUCCCACCAUGCUUCAGUCUCUACCCCCACCCACCACAUUCAGUGUCCCAGCACAGGGGCCUCCUCCAUCUCUCCUGCAGGCCCAGCUCUCCGCUGCAUCUCUGGCUCCUCUCCUGCAGAACCCACCGCAGCCACUGCUGCCCCAGCCACCCCCUAAAGGUUUGCUGCAGCCUCCAGUGCGGAUGAUGCCUCAGCCUCAGCAGGUGAGGCGUGUCGAGCCCUCGCCCCGCUUCCCCAACCGCAGUGACCGGCCAGAGCUCAUCCUAAGGAAAGAUGAUCGCAGUCGUGAAAGAGAGAGAGAGAGAAGACGAUCGAGAGAACGCUCACCCAUGCGGAAACGCUCUAGAGAUCGCUCUCCUCGGCGAGAACGUUCACCAAGACGGCCACGCAGAGUUGUUCCAAGAUAUACUGUGCAGUUCUCCAAAUUCUCUCUCGAUGGAUACAAUUGUGAUAUGAUGGAGUUGCGGCGGAGGUAUCAGAGCCUCUACAUCCCUAGUGACUUCUUUAACGCUGUGUUUACUUGGGUGGAUGCCUUCCCCUUAUCAAGACCUUUUACUUUCGGAAACUACUGUAACUUCCACAUCAUGCAUAAAGAGGUGGACUCGUUGGUCAAAAACACAGCAGUGCUGGACCCGCCUGAUGCCAAUCACACCUACAGUGCAAAGGUGAUGCUGUUGGCCAACCCCAGUCUAGAUGAGCUGUAUCAUAAGUCAUGUGCUCUGUCAGAAGAUCCAGCCGAGCUCAGAGACUCGUUCCAGCACCCUGCCCGCCUCAUCAAGUUCCUGGUGGGGAUGCGGGGCAAGGACGAGGCCAUGGCCAUCGGGGGUCACUGGUCUCCCUCUUUGGAUGGGGCCGACCCAGAACACGAUGCCUCAGUCCUUAUAAAGACAGCUGUACGUUGUUGUAAGGCUCUGACAGGCAUUGAUCUGAGUUUAUGCACCCAGUGGUAUCGUUUUGCAGAGAUACGCUAUCACCGCCCUGAGGAGACUCACAAAGGGCGGACAGUCCCCGCACAUGUGGAGACAGUGGUUUUAUUUCUCCCGGAUGUUUGGCAUUGUCUUCCUACCCGCUCAGAGUGGGAGGAGCUGUCCCGUGGACUCAAGGAGCAGCUGGCAGAGAAACUCUUGGCUGAACGGAAGGAGGCUGAUGGAGAACAGGAGGAGGAGGAUAAGGAUGAAGAUGAUUCAAAGGAAGUCACUACACCAACUCACUGGUCUAAACUUGAUCCUAAAUCUAUGAAGGUCAGUGAUUUGCGUAAGGAGUUGGAGAGCCGUUCACUGAGCUCCAAAGGGCUGAAGUCGCAGCUGAUUGCUCGCCUCACCAAGCAGCUGAAGGUGGAGGAGCAGGUAGAGGAGUCAAAGGAGCCUGAGAAGCCUGAACCUCCUAGUGUGGAGGAGGACGAGUCCUGCAGGCUGGAGGAUGACCGAGAGGAGGAGGAGCGGAAGCGUCAAGAGGAGCAGGAACGCCAGCGCAGAGAGAGACGUUAUGUUCUGCCAGAUGAGCCUACCAUUAUUGUACACCCCAACUGGGCUGCCAAAAAUGGCAAAUUUGACUGCAGCAUCAUGUCCUUGAGUGUGCUGCUGGACUACCGGCUGGAGGAUAAUAAAGAGCACUCUUUUGAGGUGUCAUUGUUUGCUGAAUUGUUCAACGAAAUGCUUCAACGAGACUUCGGCUACAGGAUUUACAAAGCUCUCGCUUCUCUUCCAACCAAGGAUGAGAAGAAGGACAAAAAAGAGAGAGCUAAAAAAGAGGCAGAAAGAAGGGAUAUAAAGAAAGAAAGAGAUGAAGACAAUGGAGAGCCGGUCACAAAGAGAAUAAGAGAGGAAGAUGACAAGAGGAAGGAUGAGGAAAAGGAGAGAGGAAUAAAGAGAGAAGAAUCCAAAGAUGACGACGAUAAUGAAGAUGGAAGCAGCAACAACAAUGCAGAUGAAUACGAUCCUUUGGAGGCAGAAGAUGCAGACGAUUAUGAUGACGAUGAUAAAGAUGAUGAAGACUCGAAUGGCCGGGACAGAAGAGACGACCGACGAGACGACCGGAAGUCUAAAGACAGGUCAUCUAAAGAUAAAGACGAGAAGAAAAGGCAGAUGGUGACAUUCAACAAGGAUCUGCUGAUGGCCUUUGUGUACUUCGACCAGAGUCACUGCGGGUACCUGCUGGAGAAGGACUUGGAGGAGAUCAUGUACACACUGGGCCUGCAUCUGUCCAGAGCUCAGGUGAAGAAGUUGUUAAACAAACCUUUGGUUAAAGAGUCGUGCCAUUAUCGAAAGCUGACGGACAGGCCUAAAGAUGAGCCUUGCCCCGCACUGAUCUCUGAGGCUCACAUAGACAACCUUUUAGGUAACCAGAUUUUACUGACCAGCCAGAAGAUCAAGCGAGAGCCAGAUGAGAGCGGUGAGUCAGGGAGUCUAAUCGUCUACAAGGGAGCUCUGGUGGAUGUGGGAAGUAUGAUGCAGAAGCUGGAGAAGAGCGAGAAAACACGAGAGGACAUUGAGCAGAAGCUCAUGCAGCAAGAUGUUAAAAUGGAGGAGGAUUCAAAGCAUAUAUCAGAGCUAGAAGCUGCUAACAGGAGCCUUCAAAAGGAGCUGGACGAUGUAAAGAACACCCUGAGGGAGACGGAGAGCAAACUGACAGCCUCAGACCAGCGCAAGGGCAGAUUUGAGCAGCAGCUCCACAGCACAGUGUCCAGCCUCGACACCAUCAAGAAGGAGCUACAGGGGGUUUUAGCAAACAAUGACCGUUCAGAAGACGCAGACCACAAAACUCAAGCUAAUGGCUCGGAUGAGUGAACUCCCCUCUCCAGUUCAUCCACAUUUAAUCUCCUUUCAGAUAUGUAAAUAAGUGGAACGCUAACACAAUUACGAAGCUAAUUAAAUGUAGAUUUUUUUUUCCGUUUGUGUACAAAGUUUUAAUGAGCGUGGAGGCGAACUCCCAGUUUUCUCAGAAAUCUGUAUUUAAAAGUAAUCGAUUUGAUCAGAAUCGAACUAUUGAAUUUAACAGGUUCACGUUAAAAUAGAUCGUUUGAUUUGUGUAUGUUUUGGUUACUUGCCAGUUUAAGUCAUUUUAACGUUGCGCUAUCAGCAUAUUUCCUCGUGAAAUAACACAUGACUUGUGCCAGUACGCAGACUUAAUUUAGCAAUAAAAUUGUUAUUUAUGUUUAAAUGCAACUGUGUUUAGAAACAGACAUUGGGAUUGUAUUAAUGUCUAUGAGGAGCUGCUUUCUGAUCCAUUUCACUGAUCGACUGACAUGUUUUUGUGUUGGGUCACACCUGCGCAUGCGUCUUAAUAAGCAAAUGCAUAUCAGCUUGAUUCCUGACUCGUUUUUUUAUAGAUUGUUUGUUGAGGGUAAUUCUUCCAGAUUAUGUUUGCUUGAAUGGGGGGGUUGUGUUUAUUUUGUUAAUACAAACAAAACCAAGGCAGUUAAUGUUCGUUCUGGGUCUUGGACUUUAUAUAAGUGCGACUGUAAUAUGUGAGAAUAGCGUGAGUCAGAUACUAUGUGAUUUAUUUUGAGUAGUUUGUUAUUCUGGAAUUGUUUUGAAGGCAAUGAAUUCAGUUUUGUACGUUUUUCUUGUUUUUGGCCCACUUAGGAGGAUGGGAUUGAUUACAGUGUUUGAUUUCGGUUGAUGGAGAAGAGCCAAAACUUGGGAAAUUUGAGCCCUAAGCAACCAAGUGCACAUAAUUUUUUAUUCUAAAUGUACUCUAUGGUUGUUCUGGAUAAAGGAAACAAAUAAAAAGUGGUUUGUUUUAACAUU